AUGGAUGGCACCAUCAUCAGCACCAUCAUCAGCACCAUCAACAGCACCAUCACCAUCACCACGACCAGCACCAACCACCAGGGAACCGGUCACGUCAAGAUGCGUACUCACGCUCUGCUCCUACCUGGAGCACUACUUUCCUCGUCCUUUGCAGCGGCAGCUACAAUCCCCUCCCCCGAUGCAAACGGCAAAUACUGGCUCAACACCACCCACCUCUCCCUCGCCUUCAUCCCCUACGGCGCCUCCAUCACCAACCUGAUCCUGGCCGACAAGCACGGCAAACCGCUCGACAUCGUAGCCGGCUACGACAACGCCACAGCCUACACUCUCGACAAGGCUCACCCGCACUUUGGUUCCGUGCCCGGUCGCUACGCCAAUCGCAUCAAGAACAGCUCCUUUACUCUCUUUUCCGACUCUGACCCUGAGAAUGGUGAAAAGGCAGCAAUAACAUACCACGUCACACCCAACGAAAACCCUACGCCCGAAAACCCCCACGGCGUGGAUACCCUCCACGGCGGUCCGGACGGGUGGGACUACCGCAACUUUUCCGUCGUGGCAUAUACCAACUCCUCCAUCACCUUCUCCAUCGUCGACCCCGACGGCAAGGAAGGGUUUCCCGGUGAAGUUAUUUCUUACAUCACCUACACCGUCUCGGGCCAAACGUGGGAUAUCAAGAUGGUGGCUAUCGCUACUACAAAAAAGACGCCGAUUAUGCUGAGUAGUCAUACCUAUUGGAACUUGGACGGGUUCGAGCUCGAGGACGCGCUGGGUCAUGAGCUGUGGAUGCCGCUUGCGGGCAUGAGGAUUGGUGUGGAUGGGAUUCUGAUUCCGACGGGCGAGGUGCUGGCGAAUGAGAGGGGGGGUGUUAAUGAUUUUUGGAGUAAACCUAAAAGGAUUGGGGAGGCGUUUGGGAAUGGCACCGAGGGAAGCAAAAAGGAAGGGUUGGAGGGGAAUUGUGGAAGUGGGUGCACUGGUUAUGAUAACUGCUACCUCAACACCCUCCGCCCCUCUCCAGUAUCCUCCCUCUCCGACUCCUGGCGCAGCCAACCCUCCCAAAUGGUCGCCCGCCUCUCUUCUCCCCAUUCCGGCAUCAAGCUCGAAGUCUACUCGGACCAGGACGCCUUCCAGAUGUACUCGUGCAACCAACAAAAGGGCGACGUGCCCCUGAAACGGACGCAGGGUACGGACGAGAUAAGGACCAUCCCCAAGUAUGGAUGUGUAGUCCUUGAAGUGCAGGAUUGGAUCGAUGGGAUCAAUCACCCGGAGUGGGGGCGGACGAAGAAGCAGGUUUUUGGGCCGGGAGGGGAUCCGUAUGUGUUGCAGGCUAGGUAUGUUUUUGGGGUUGAUAAGUAA